AUGGAGGCAGCGUCAUAUCUUCACCACGUGCUUCAAUAUGCUCAGAAAAAUCAUAAUCUCAGAAAUACCUUGAGUGGAAUUUUGAAACAAGGUGGUUAUGCUGCCGCCGGAGCAGGAAUCGGAGGAGCUGCCGGUGGACCUUUAGGAGCAUUGAUUGGAACGUUGGCUGCUGCGAUUAUUGGAUACAGUGAAACCGACGAUUACGAAAGCAUCUUAUCCUUGCUUCGAGAUUUGACACCCGAAGAAAAAAACAAUUUGGCGAAUGAAGUAAAGAGUAUGGUCGGAAGCAGCACAUUGUCAGAUUUUGAAGAAUGGUUCAAAAAUUUCAAUCAUCAGGAAAUGCUGUUUAAAUUGUUCUCAGCGUUUGCCAUGCACCAACUCUCUUCAAAAUAA